AUGGAGGAGCAGCCGCCGCCUGCUCGGCCACCAGUGAGCAUGGCCUUGGCCUGGCCGCGCAGCCCGCACCCCGGCGGCGCCUCGGCAGCCGGCUCUCCCGGCGGAUCCCCCUCCGCAGUCUCGCUGGCCGCGCUCUCCUUCAGCACCGUGGCGACCACGGCGGCCGUGGCGCUGGGGAACCGGAGCAACGGGAGCGGAGGUGGCGGCGCUGGGGCCGCGAACGGCGGUGGACUGAGCGGGUCGGAGGCGGCGGGGGGUGGCGGGGGCCUGCGCGAGGCGGCGGCGGAGGCGGCGAGGCCGGCGGCGCUGGGCUCAGAGACUGCGCCGCUGCUGUCGCACGGGGCGGCGGUGGCGGCCCAGGCGCUGGUCCUGCUGCUCAUCUUCCUGCUGUCUAGCCUGGGCAACUGCGCGGUGAUGGGCGUGAUCGUGAAGCAUCGUCAGCUCCGCACCGUCACCAACGCCUUCAUCCUGUCCCUGUCCCUGUCGGAUCUGCUCACGGCCUUGCUCUGCCUGCCCGCAGCCUUCCUGGACCUCUUCACGCCCCCGGGGGGCUCGGCGCCUACGGCAGCCUCGGCUGCCUCCGCCGCCCCCACUUCCAGUGCCGCCGCCGCCUCCGCGGGGCCCUGGCGCAGUUUCUGCGCCGCCAGCCGCUUCUUCAGCUCGUGCUUCGGCAUCGUCUCCACCUUCAGCGUAGCCCUCAUCUCGCUCGACCGCUAUUGCGCCAUCGUGCGGCCGCCUCGCGACAAGAUCGGCCGCCGCCGCGCGCUGCAGCUGCUCGCAGGAGUCUGGCUGGCUGCCCUGGGCUUCUCGCUGCCCUGGGAACUGAUCGAGGCUCCCCGGGACCCUCCCGGGGAGCAGAGCUUCCACGGCUGCCUUUACCGGACCUCCCCGGACCCAGAGCAGCUGGGUGCCGCCUACAGCGUGGGCUUGGUGGUGGCUUGCUACCUGUUGCCCUUCCUGCUCAUGUGUUUCUGCCACUAUCACAUCUGCAAGACCGUGCGUCUGUCCGACGUGCGCGUGCGUCCUGUGACCACCUACGCUCGCGUGCUGCGCUUCUUCAGCGAGGUGCGCACCGCCACCACCGUGCUUAUCAUGAUCGUCUUCGUCAUCUGCUGCUGGGGUCCUUACUGCUUCCUGGUGCUGCUGGCUGCCACCCGGCAGGCCCAGGCCACGCAGGUGCCCUCCGUCCUCAACGUCGUGGCUGUCUGGCUAACCUGGGCCAAUGGAGCCAUCAACCCGGUUAUCUAUGCCUUCCGCAACCGCAACAUCUCCAUGCUCCUAGGGCGCAACCGCGAAGAGGGAUACCGGACUAGGAAUGGGGAUGCUUUUCUGCCCAGCCAGGGUCCAGAUCUGCAAAGCAGAAGCCGCAAUCGCCUUCGAAACCGCUAUGCCAAAAGGCUUGGGGCUUGCAGUUGGAUAUCCUCUUCCGACCCUGCCAGCGGGGCGGGAGGGGAUGUGGCCAUGUGGGCCCACAAAAACCCAGUUGUGCUUUUCUGCCGAGAGAGACCACCAGAGCCUGUGACGGCAUUGACCAAACAGCCUCAAUUUGAAGCAGGGGACACUAGCCUGUAAGAAAAGGGUUAAAACACACCAUUUGUGAAGACCAAUUCCCAUCCCCUUCA